GAUCAGUCGAGAUAUAUUUCGAUAAUCUUCAACGUCAGUGAACGUCAGUUCGUUUGGAAUUUUUUUUCCUUCUUUUUUGAAUAGCCAUUGACACUUAUUAACACGUGAAACAAUGACUAAAAAACGCAGAAAUGGAGGAAGGUCAAAGCAUGGCCGUGGUCAUGUUAAUCCAGUAAGAUGUACAAAUUGUGCACGUUGUGUUCCAAAGGACAAAGCAAUCAACAAAUUUGUCAUUCGUAAUAUUGUUGAAGCUGCUGCUGUUCGUGAUAUCAACGAGGCUAGUGUAUAUGAAAGCUAUCAAUUACCAAAAUUGUAUGCUAAAUUACAUUACUGUGUAUCAUGUGCAAUUCACUCCAAGGUUGUACGUAACAGAUCAGCAACUGAUCGUCGUAUCAGAACACCACCAGUUCGUAAUUUUGGAAGAGGACCACCAAGACCAGCUGCUGUUAAAAAUUAAUUAACAAUAAUCCAUUAUGCACAAAUAUAUUUUUAAAAAUUGAUUUAAAAAAAAAAAUAAAAAAGCAAAUUUUAAAAAUUA